AAAAUGUUUGCAGAGGGUGGACAGUUCAACAUUUUGCUUUGAAGACUGCUUCAUUGAGCAGAUCUUGAAUGCAGGAAGACAACGUCCUGUGUGGUCCCCAGAUUUUAUUAGGGAAUGUGUUGUUCUUUAUUACCUCUCUCCGAAGGCAUAUCGCUACAUACGCACUAGAGGUCUAAUAAAACUUCCGUCGAAGAAUACUUUGUUGCGUUAUGUUGGCAAGUCAUGCAGCGACAGUGGUGUCACUCCACUAAUGAAAUAACGUCUCAAAGCAGAAGUGAAUGAACUCAGAAAAGAAGCACGGCUCUGCUCACUGGUUGUAGUUGAAAUGGCCGUUUCAUCUAAAUACAUAUAUGACCGAAAAAUGGACUGCUUCUUUGGGCAACAAACCGCCAGAGAUGACCCCACUGCGCAAGGAAACACAACACUUGCAAACAACAUGCUUUGCUAUGUGGCCGCAGGUUUGUCAACAGCCUACAUAAUCCCAUGCGGCUUUUUUUACUAAUAGGUUGAGUGGUAAGAAUCUAUAUCAGUUAACAACUCAUGUGAUUGCAGAAGUGGAAAAAUGUGGACUCCAGGUUGUACGCAUCGUCACGGACAAUCACAAAAUAAAUGUUACUAUGAUGCGCCACCUCGGCAAUGGUUCUCUUAAACCAGUAGUAACACAUCCAUCUAAUGCAAAAAGGAAACUGUUCUUAUCUUUUGAUCAGUGCCACAUACUAAAGAACGUUAGAAGUCUCUUUAUGGAAGGCGAUAUGACCGAUAGAAUGCUACCAAUAACGGGAAAGUUCAUGAAACAGCUCUACGAACUUCAAAAGAACGAGACUGUAAAGCCCGUGCGGUUCCUCACUCAGAAGCAUGUUGAACCCACGAACUUCGAGAAAAUGCACGUCGGAAGAGCGGUGCAGCUUUUUUCAAACGAAGUGAUUUCUGCAGUAGAAUUUCUGAAGGACUAUCCCUCUUAUCACCAAAAAGCAGAAAUGUUCCGAAAUGCUGGCGCAACAAUAAAUUUCAUGAGAAUGAUACAAAAGUGGUUUGCCAUUCACAACGUCGCCAAUAGAACCGCACAUUUAGAGCUUAGAAAUCCAGACCAAAUGCAGUUCUUUUGCAAAACUGAAGAGCGCCGGCAGUGGCUUGAAGAGGAGUUCCCGCAAUACCUCCAAGACAUAAACGAAGCCUGCAAACCAAAUGCAAAGAAGUUUCUCAGUGCUGAGACAUAUGAAGCGCUGCUCCUUACCAGCCAGUCCACCGUACUCUGUGUGAAGUAUUUGCUAGAUAGCGGCUUUUUCUAUGUUCUGACAAGAGACCUUUCAAGUGACUCAGUGGAGCUGCUUUUCAGUGCGCUGCGACAAAUGUCAGGAGGCAACGACUGCCUAGAUGCCAGGGCUGUCACCUUCAGUCUGGAAAAGAUACUACGAACUGGGAUUCUGUGCGCAUCACAGGCCUCGAACGUUGGGACAAAGCAGAGUGUUUCCAGCAUACAUAGUCCAUCUGUCAUUGUGAAGUUUCCUGCCACAACUGCACCAGAAGGCCCACUUGCAUCAGCCGUACGAGCGAGUUUGGCUCCACCUCCUGACGUACUGGACAACAUUGAUGCGGUGCUCAAUGUCUUCAGUGCAAUGCCUGGUUAGUACGCAAUCAUUCACUUUCUGAAGUCAUUUAUCAAAAGAAAAUAAAAGACAAGCAAAGAAUGCUUCACAUCAAAGCAAGAUAACGUCCUCAGCUUCUUUCUCUGAUGUCAAGCGCUGUUUCGUCGCCUUAACUUCAUCUAUGCAUAUCAAAUAUUUGCGCUCGCAGGCAGGUUGAAACAUAUAGGUCAUCGUACGCUACAUUAGUAGAAGCUUACUCUUACGCAGAAUGCUUUACUCGACUGUUAAUUUUAAAGUUUCUUUCGUUUCAGAGCUGACAGUCUCCGAGAUGGGCGCGCAUUCUUUGUUAAAUUAAGCUGCCCUUCAAGUUUCACUUGAGCCUUGUGUGUUUGGAAUUAGUGCAUGAAGAGGCCUUAACUUAGUAAUUUGCGCAACGAAAGUGGUUCGAUACCCGUUAUUCAUGGAUGCCAAAUCAACCUGACCUCACUAA